AAUGAUUUAGACUUCCCUUAGCUUUUACAAAACCAAAAUCUUUAUCUCAACUUUACCAAUAUCUGCUAUCCCCUUCUUUCUCUUCGCUAUAUUUCAGGGGGAGAAACAACUCAAAACAAAACAAAAUUCAAGUGGAAAAACAAAGCUGUUGAAGAAAAAAAGGCUAGAACUAGACGAGAAAAUGGCUAGUGGAGGAGGGUAUGGAGACCCGAGCCAGAAGACUGACUAUGUUUUCAAGGUAGUUUUGAUUGGUGACUCUGCUGUUGGUAAGUCUCAGAUUCUUGCUCGGUAUGCUAGAAAUGAAUUCAGUUUAGAUUCUAAGGCUACCAUUGGAGUUGAGUUUCAGACAAGAACUCUUGUUAUUGAACACAAGAGUGUCAAGGCUCAGAUCUGGGACACUGCUGGUCAAGAACGAUACAGAGCUGUUACUAGUGCAUACUACAGGGGUGCUGUUGGGGCAAUGCUGGUUUAUGAUAUAACAAAACGCCAGACGUUUGAUCACAUUCCACGUUGGCUGGAAGAGUUGCGUGGCCAUGCCGACAAGAACAUUGUUAUUAUUUUGAUUGGUAAUAAAAGUGACCUUGAAAACCAACGGGAAGUUCCAACAGAGGAUGCCAAAGAAUUUGCUCAAAAGGAAGGACUAUUUUUCUUGGAGACCUCAGCUCUUGAAGCAACUAAUGUGGAGACUGCCUUCUUAACUGUGCUUACGGAGAUAUUCAACAUUGUGAACAAGAAGAAUCUAGUUGCUGGUGAGAAUCAGGGGAAUGGCAACCCCACAUCACUAGCAGGCAAGAAGAUCCUCAUUCCAGGUCCGGCGCAAGAAAUUCCAGCAAAAAGCAACGUCUGCUGUAGAUCAUAAUUUAAUUGGAUUUCUCUCCUAAUCUCAGUUUCUUUCUUUUACAUUCUUAAUAGCAAUUUUUUAAGGGUGUGGUAUAUCUGUUUGUAUAUUUACGUUGCAUUAGUUUAAUUUGCAAGGGCAGCUAAUUAAUUGCAUGUUUUGAGAUGGGGAAUAGAAAACCAAAAUUUGAAGCUGAGUUGCAGAUCGCUUCAAUGUUGUUCUUAAAGCAAUAUAUUUUAUCCGUUUGUCCUGUUAAAGUUCCUCUGUCUUUGAAAUAUUUUGGUUGAUAGAAAAAAUAAUGAGUUACUUUCAGAAUAAGAAGAUAUUAAAAGCGUCUCGGUCAUGGUUUAAUGGCC